UCUCGCCAAUAUUAACUAAGGUAGGACUUAUUGCGGACUGUACGGUGGGGUGGAUAUUAAAAGGAAAAAAAAAUUCAUCGGAUAUGGAAAAAGUAAGUACGAGACUCGGCUAGACCAAGCAUCCUAUUGGUCCAAGUAAUAUCAACCUAUCCAAAGAUCCAAAUCCAAACACCGCCAUCUGUCUAAAAUCAUCCUCUUUCGUGAUCCAUCACACAAAUUUCCAAGACAAAACCCUCCAUAAACACCAACAAAAAGAAACUCCUACUGCAGCUCAACAUCCAUCAUCUACAUCGCCAUGGCAACGCAAGCAGGCCUCUUCACCCCCACAAUCACCACCCCGAAAUCCCUGGUGCCAUGGAAGCCAUCCUCGUCAUUUUCAUUCGCUACCUCCAAGUCCCUCAACCUCUCCAUGGCUCACAGAACCAUUAGGGCUGCAGUUGCAGAUCAGGAGGCUGCCACGAAGGAAGAAGCUCCCGUGGGUUUCACCCCUCCCGAAUUGGACCCAAACACCCCAUCACCCAUUUUUGCAGGAAGCACGGGAGGGCUGCUAAGAAAGGCCCAGGUUGAAGAAUUCUACGUCAUCACAUGUGAUUCACCCAAAGAACUAAUCUUUGAGAUGCCAACUGGAGGCGCAGCCAUCAUGAGGCAAGGACCUAACUUGCUCAAGUUGGCCAGGAAAGAGCAGUGCUUGGCGCUCGGUACCAGACUGAGGUCUAAGUACAAGAUCGACUACCAGUUUUAUAGGGUUUUCCCCAAUGGUGAGGUUCAAUAUCUUCACCCCAAAGAUGGAGUUUAUCCUGAGAAAGUGAACCCUGGUCGUCAAGGAGUGGGGCAGAACUUCAGAUCAAUUGGGAAGAAUGUGAGUCCCAUUGAAGUUAAGUUCACGGGGAAACAAGUUUAUGACUUGUAAGAGAGACUUGGGAGAGUGCUUGUUGAGAGAGAUGAUGAUGUAACCAUGAUUAAGUGCAUUUUCUAAGGCUUAUGAAAUGUUUGGACAAGUUCAAAGUUCUAGGUGAUAAAACAUUUUAAUCCACUCUAUAAGUUCUUUGUGACUGUGACUGCCAACAAAAGUAGCAUGUAAAGUAAUUUAAUCGGAAGCUAUUAUGGGCUACGGCAAUGGACCUUGUAAUGGAUCUUAAGAGAAGAUGAAAAUGGCUUCUUAAUUUCUUAA